AAAGUUGUUGUUCUGCCAACAUGGCGGCGCCCAUAGUGACUCGCGGGGCUUCGUUCGUGUAAUGCUUUGGGGAAUGAGGCAGAAGGGAGGUGCAGGCCAGAGCCUGUGAGCAGGUAACCCCCAGCCGGAGGACGAGAGGCAGGCCCUGCUUAGUCCCAGUCGCUAGGAGCACGAGGUGAAGGGUCUUCCCUCCUGAAGAAUGGCAUCAGCUUGUCAGAGGCUGAGUUUUUAUGCCUCUCUUCUGAAAAGGCAGCUCAUUUGUGGGCCACCUGUCAUCCGGUGGGAAAGAAGAAUAAUUCCAGGGUGUGCCAGAAGUAUUUACAGUGCCACAGGGAAGUGGACGAAGGAGUACACCCUGCAGACAAGGAAGGAUGUGGAGAAAUGGUGGCACCAACAGAUAAAGGAGCAGGCAUCCAGGAUCUCAGAAGAAGACGUGAGUGUGCCGGGAGGGCAGAAAGCAAAGCCCAAAUUCUACGUGCUCUCCAUGUUCCCAUACCCUUCUGGCAAGCUGCACAUGGGCCAUGUACGAGUCUACACCCUCAGUGACACCAUUGCACGGUUCCAGAAAAUGAGAGGCAUGCAGGUUAUCAACCCCAUGGGGUGGGAUGCAUUUGGAUUGCCAGCCGAAAAUGCUGCCAUCGAGAGGAAUUUGCACCCAGAAACCUGGACUCAAAGCAAUAUUAAAUACAUGAAGAAACAGCUUGACCGUCUCGGCCUGUGCUUCAGCUGGGACAGGGAAAUCACUACCUGUUUGCCAGAUUACUACAAAUGGACUCAAUACCUAUUUAUCAAACUCUAUGAAGCUGGACUGGCCUAUCAAAAAGAGGCCUUGGUUAACUGGGAUCCAGUGGAUCAAACAGUGCUGGCCAAUGAGCAAGUGAAUGAAUAUGGCUGUUCAUGGCGUUCUGGAGCCAAGGUGGAGAAGAAAUAUCUCCGACAGUGGUUCAUUAAGACAACUGCAUAUGCAAAGGCCAUGCAGGAUGCCUUGGCAGACCUCCCAGAGUGGUACGGAAUAAAAGGCAUGCAGGCCCACUGGAUUGGGGACUGUGUAGGCUGCCAUCUAGACUUCACAUUAAAGGUUGAUGGACAAGACACAGGAGAGAAACUGACAGCAUAUACAGCCACCCCUGAGGCCAUUUAUGGCCUUUCCCACGUGGCCAUUUCUCCUAACCACAGGCUUCUACAUGGCUGCAGUUCUCUGAAGGAAGCCUUGCAAAAGGCACUAGUCUCUGGCAGAGAUUGCCUCACACCAGUGAUGGCUGUGAACAUGCUCACCCGGCAGGAGGUCCCCAUCGUUAUCAUGGCCAAGGCUGACUUAGAAGGUUCUCUAGAUUCAAAAAUAGGAAUCCCCAGCACCAGCUCAGAGGACACCAGGAUAGCCCAAGCCCUGGGCCUGCCCUACUCUAAAGUCAUUGAAACAUCACCAGAUGGCACGGAGAGACUGAGUGGAUCUGCUGAGUUCACAGGUAUGACCCGGCAGGAUGCCUUCCUAGCCCUGACUCAGAAGGCCCGUGGGAUGAAGGUGGGCGGAGACGUGACAAGUGAUAAACUGAAAGACUGGCUGAUCUCAAGACAGCGCUACUGGGGCACGCCGAUCCCCAUUGUCCACUGCCCUGCCUGUGGCCCCGUGCCCGUGCCAUUGCAAGACUUGCCUGUGACUUUGCCCAGCAUCACAUCUUUCACUGGCAAAGGAGGCUCCCCACUGGCCUCAGCGUUGGAGUGGGUGAACUGCCCCUGCCCCAGGUGUAAGGGAUCAGCCAGGAGAGAGACAGACACCAUGGACACCUUUGUGGACUCUGCGUGGUACUACUUCAGAUACACUGACCCCCACAACACUCACAGCCCUUUCAGCUCAGCCCUGGCAGACUUCUGGAUGCCUGUGGACCUGUACAUCGGAGGGAAGGAGCACGCUGUCAUGCACUUGUUCUAUGCAAGAUUCUUUAGUCAUUUUUGCCAUGACCAACAGAUGGUAAAGCACAGGGAGCCUUUCCAUAAGCUGCUAGCCCAAGGCCUUAUCAAGGGACAGACAUUCCGCCUUCCAUCUGGACUGUGUCUGAAGAAGGAGGAUAUAGACUUCACAGGUCCUACUCCUGUAUGUGCAAAAACAAAAGAGAAGUUAGAGGUGACAUGGGAGAAGAUGAGCAAGUCCAAACACAAUGGGGUGGACCCCGAGGAGAUUGUGUCUCAGUAUGGAGUUGACACGAUCCGGCUCUACAUCCUCUUUGCAGCCCCUCCCGAGAAGGACAUCUUGUGGGAUGUAAAGACGGAUGCUCUCCCUGGGGUACUGAGAUGGCAGCAGCGACUGUGGUCCCUGACGACGCGAUUCAUUGAGGCCAGGACCUCUGGGUCAGUCCCCCAACCUCAGCUGCUGAACAGCAAGGAGAAAACCAAGGCCCGAGGCCUCUGGGAGUACAAAAACGCCGUCAUAGCUCAGGUGACCACCCAUUUCACAGAGGACUUUGCGCUGAAUUCUGCAGUUUCUCAGCUGAUGGGACUCAGCAGUGCCCUCUUGCAAGCCUCUGAGAGGGUGGUUCUCCACAGCCCUGAGUUUGAGGAUGCUCUGUGUGCCCUGCUGGUGAUGGCUGCCCCCAUGGCUCCUCACAUAACCUCAGAGCUCUGGGCAGGCCUGGCACUGGUACCAAGCAAGCUCUGUGACCACUAUGCCUGGGAUACUGGUGUGAUGCUGCAGGCCUGGCCCACGGUGGACUCUCAGUUCCUUCAGCAGCCUGAUAUGGUUCAGAUGGCCGUUCUGAUCAACAACAAGGCCUAUGGCAAGAUCUCUGUGCCCCAACAAGUUGCCCAGGACCAGGACAAAGUCCACGAGUUUGUUCUCCAGAGUGAGCUGGGUACCCGGCUGUUGCAGGGGAGAAGCAUCAAGAAGUCCUUCCUCUCCCCCAGGACUGCCCUCAUCAAUUUCCUGGUGCAGGAGUGACCAGGGCCUCAAGGAUCCUCCUUCUCUGCCCUGAUCAAGGAAAGGAUGUUAGCUUAGGACAAGAGAAAAGACAAACAUCAGAGCCAUUGGUACUGUCCAAGGAGUCACACAGACUAGAGGGGCCAUGCAGGCUCGGGAGCUGCACAACGGUCGGCGUCCAGGUGGUGCUGGCUGGACUUUGAGCUUCCAGGACAGACAAGACCCUUGGAUAUACGUUCAGAGUCUCACUUGUGGAACUGGACGUGCACACUGGCAUCUCUACAAAUUGUUCUGCGUGUCUCCAGCACCUUUCAUAUAGAUGUCACAAAGGUCUCUUCCCCUCCAGCUGGGUGGCCUCUUCUGAGUCUGAGGUCCAUGCUCUGGGAUAGGACUUCAGUUUACUUCUGUUUCUGUGUGUGGAGUGUGCUCUGUGGUGAGUGAAACUGUGUUCUGAGCUGCUGAUCCCCACCAGUGCCCCGUCACAGCCCAGCAGGGGUUUGAACCCCACAUGGCUCACGUGGGCCUCAGAUAGUGAUGCCAUCAAUUUGGCCCCCAGAAUGUCACUAGCAAAAGCAAGUUCACCAGAGAGGAGUUGUUGCGUCCUGGGUGUCACCUCCUGUGUCCAAACUGUUUUGAUUUAGCUGUUUAAUAGAUGGCCAGGAGUGGAGCCAGCUCGCCAGUAAAUUACACAAAGCUCAUUGUUAUGAGAAUCAUUCAUAAUGUGCUCUUAUAGACGUGGUCUGAGCAAGGGCUCCAUGCUUAGUUGUGGGGAGGAGAGAAGAACCUAGCCUUUUCAGGAUGCGGAAGCUCCGUGUCUACAAUCCAGUGCUACCCAGAGGUGGCUGUCAUUGUCUCCUGCCGUUCAGAUGACUUUUAGUGUCAUACGUGUAUAUCACUCUGAGACAUAUCUGUGAUCUCGGAACAGCCCUGUAUUCCAGUUCCAAGGGUUCAUUGGGAACAAACAGGUGUCCGCCACCAUUACAGGCCUGGUUCUUGCUGCCUCCCUGGAAUGCCUAUGGUCUGUCACCUUGAACAUACGUCACCUUGACCUCCCUCUAGGCCGUGCUCAUCCAGGCCCAUGAGCAAGAGAGGCUCAUGCACAGGAUCUUGAGCUUGACGCUGUGCCAGGUCUCCAUGCCUAGAAAUUGUAAUUUAAUUGUAGCCAUCAUAAGGGAUUUAGAAUUUUUUACAAAUGAGGCUGCUAAGGGUAUAGCUCAGGAGUAGAGUGUGAGCCUAGCAUGGCCAGGCCCUAGGUUCCAUCUCCAACCCAAAAAGCAAAGCGGCUCUACCAGAGAAACUGCAGCAGCACACCUGGGAUCCCAGCGUAGGAGAGGCAGAAGGACCAGGGGUUUGACGCUAUCUUUAGCUACAUUAGACUCUGCCGCAAAGGAAACCUACCAGUGAUCCUACCACCAAAGUUUGAAAACACUGGAUUAAUGAAUCUUUCUGAACCAUAAUUUCUACUCAGUCCUUUCUCCUUCAUUUUCAUCUUACCCAGGAUGGGUUUGGUCCAGUACUGUGAGGAGGUAGAGGUGGGAGAGAUUUGGAUCAGAGAGGAAGGCAGAGCCUCAGUUCUGGAGAGUUAUGUUAAGAGGAUCCCCAGGCGGACACAGGUGACAGUCUCGUGACACACAGGAGUAUGUGAAGAUAGGGUGAGGCUUUGGUUGUUUCGUGUUCUCCAGGAAUGAGCUCAGUGGCCCUGAUGAACUAAGGGUAGGCUGUCCUUCAGUUGGGCAUAAUCUACCCUGAGCACUGGACCAAUAAAGUCUGUAGGCUUCUGGACCGACA